AUGGCCUCAGGGUCACCAUCCACAGAUCUGGAAGAGGAAUUAAACUGUCCCAUCUGCCUGGAGUGCCUCACAGAACCGGUAACCCUGGACUGUGGCCACAAUUUCUGUCGGGGUUGCAUCACCCACUACUGUGACACAUGGGAAGAACUGGGGGGCCUGGAGUGUCCUAUCUGCAAAGCUGAGAUCCAGAAAGGGAAUUUCCGCUCAAACUGGCAGCUGGCAAACUUGGUAGAAAAAAUAAAAGAGAAGAGAUUUUCUAGACCGGAGGAACGGGGGAGAGUUUGCCAGAAGCACCUGGAGCCACUGAAUCUCUUCUGCAAGGACGACGAAGCCCUCAUCUGUGUGGUCUGUCACCGAUCCAAGGAGCACAGAGAUCAUGAAGCCCUUCCUCUUGAGGAGGCCUCCCAAGAGUACAAGGAUCAGUUCUACAACCGCCUGGAGGUGCUGAAGAAGGAGAGAGAAAGAAUUGUGGCGUAUAAAGCAGAGGUAGUGAAGGAAAGCCAAGACCUGCUCGAGCAAACCUCAGGAGAGAAGCAAGAGACGGCAGCCAAGUUCAGACAACUACACUCAUUUCUGGAGGAGCAAGAGAAACGUCUCCUGGCCCAGAUGGAAGAGGUGGAGAAGGAGGUGGCAAGAAACAGGGACCAGCACCUGGCCGCACUCUCUGAGGAGCUCUCCUCUCUGGAUAGCCUCAUCCAGGAGAUGGAGGAGAAGUGUCAGCAGCCGGCCAGUGAACUCCUGCAGGAUCCCAGAAGCACCUUGCAGAGGUAUGAAGAAAAGGAGGCGUUUGAGGAUCCAGCGGCUUUUCCUCUUGCACUGAAGUGGCGGAUCUGGGAACUCACGGACUUAAAUCCCCUUUUGGAGGGCAUCAAGAAGCAAUUCAAAGACACUCUGGAUUCUGGACUUCACCUGCAGAAAGCAAAUGUGACUCUGGAUCCAGACACGGCCCAUCCCCUACUCGUCCUGUCCGAGGAUCGGGAAAGCCUGAGAUGUGGAGAAAUACAUCAAGAUCUGCCUGACAAUCCUGAGAGAUUUUCCACAUAUGGUGCUGUGCUGGGCCGUGAGGGAUUCACAGCUGGCCGCCAUUUCUGGGAAGUCCUUGUGGGAAGUGAGGAAACCUGGCUUGUGGGGGUGGCCAGAAAGUCUGUGAGGAGGAAGGGAGACGUCACCUUUAGUCAUGAGGAAGGGUUCUGGGCUGUGGGGAAGUGGUGUGGGUGCUACAGGGCUGCCUUAAAAGGCAUAAACCCUCCCCUGACCGGGGAGCCAAAGAGGAUCAGAGUCUGCCUGAACUACGCUGGGGGCCGAGUGGCCUUUUUGGAUGCUGACCAAGGAUCCCCGAUUUACGAGUUCUCCAGAGCCGCCUUCCGUGGAGAGACCCUCCUGCCCUUCUUUUGGGUGUUUGAAAAAGGCCACCUCAAACUUGCAGAGGCAGCCAUGGCGUGGGAGGGGCCCCUGCAGGAGCUCUGCGAGGAAGCCUCUUGCUCCGUCUGCCUGGACUAUUUCAGGGAUCCCGUCAUGAUUGCGGAGUGCGGCCACAACUUCUGCCGCGCCUGCCUGACCGGGAGCUGGGGGGCAUCUAGGGCAGAGGCUUCUUGCCCCCAGUGCAGAGGGCGAGCGCAGGAGGGGAGCCUCCGGCCCAACCAGCAGCUGGCCAACUUGGUGGGGCUAAUCCAGCAACUGAGUCCACGGGAGAAAAAAGCGGCAGAUGUGACGGGGGGAGAGGGGAAGGGGGGCGCCUGCGAGAAGCACCAGGAGCCCCUGAAGUUUGUCUGCAAGGAGGACGAAGCCCCCCUCUGCGUGGUCUGCCGCAGAUGCAAGGAGCACCAAGAUCACCAGGUGAUCCCUCUGGAGGAGGAAAUAAAACAAAUAUGGUUCUUUUGUUUUUGGCAUCAGACAAUCAAGGCAGCCAGAAAGGAGAGAGUUUGCCAGAAGCACAAGGAGUCGCUGAAGCUCUUCUGCAAGGACGAUGAAACCCCCAUCUGCGUGGUCUGUGACCAGUCCCAGGAGCACAAUGAUCACAAAAUAAUUCCUGUGGAGGAGGCUUCCCAAGAGUACAAGGAUCAGUUCUGCAAUUGUAUGGAGAUUCUGCGCAAGGAGAAGAAAGAAAUUCUGGCAUAUAAAGCCAACAUAGUGAAAGAAAGCCAAGACCUGCUUAAGCAAACCAAAGGAGAGCGGCAGGAGACAGUGACCAAGUUCAGGCAACUGCAUAAAUUUCUGGAUAAGCAAGAGAAGCUUUUGCUGACCCGGAUGGAAGAGGUGGAGAGGGAGGUAGCAUGGAAAAGGGACCAGCGCCUGGCCAAACUCUCUGAGGCACUUUCCUCUCUUGAAAGCCUCAUCCGGGAGAUGGAGGAGAAGUGUCAGCAGCCAGCCAGUGAACUCCUGCAGGAUGCCAGAAGCAUCUUGCAGAGGUAUGAAGAAAAGGAGGCAUUUGAGGAACCAGUGGCUUUUCUUCUUGCACUGAAGUCCCGCAUCUGGGACUUGCCGGAUUUAAAUCCCCUUUUGGAGAACAUCAAGGAGCAAUUCAAAGACACGCUGGAUUCUGGACUUCACCUGCAGAAAGCAAAUGUGACUCUGGAUCCAGACACAGCCCAUCCAAAACUCGUCCUGUCUGAAGAUCAGAAAACCGUGAGACUAGGAGAAAAAGCUCAAGCUCUGCCCAGCAACCCUGAGAGAUUUGAUGAACAUCGUGCUGUGCUGGGCCGUGAGGGAUUCACAGCAGGCCGCCAUUUCUGGGAAGUCCUUGUGGGAAGUGAGGAAGGCUGGCGUGUGGGGGUGGCCAGAAAGUCUGUGAGAAGGAAAGGAUAUUUCGCCUUUAGUCCUGAGGAAGGGAUCUGGGCUGUGGGGAAGUGGUGGGGAUGCUACAGGGCUGCCACAAAAGGCCAAAACCUUCCCCUGACCCUGACCGGGGAGCCAAAGAGGAUCAGAGUCUGCCUGGACUACGAUGGGGGCCGAGUGGCCUUUUUUGACGCUGACCGAGGAUCCCUGAUCUACGAGUUCUCCGGAGCCCCCUUCCGAGGAGAGAUCCUCCUGCCCUUCUUUCGGGUGUGGGGACAAGCCCACCUCAAACUCUCUUCUUAA